AUCUCUAUGCCCGUAUGCGUCUCUCUGUGUGGAACUCGCUAAACAAGCACAUCGUUUGAAACCAUUCAUCUCCGCUCUCUCCAGCUGCUGUCAUGGCAACCAUGUAUGACUGGCAGAAAACAGACUGCACUCUCCGAGCUCCAGUCAACCUGGACGCUUCAGAGCACGAACACACUCUAAUGGGCAGAUGAAGAGCUGUGAUAUGGAGACACCAGGGCACCUGCAGAGUGCGAGGACCAUGACACAUCUGGCAUAUCAACCACUGCUUCCCACUGGAAAUAAAUAUCUGCAGCAGAAAUGGGACAAGGCUUCAUAUGAUUUACACAGGAGGAAGGUGAAGUCAGCAAAACCAACAAUAAACACAACUCCACCAAAGACCUAUGGUCACCUGGCUCUCAAGCUGAAGAAACAAAAGCUUGAAGAGGAACUGACAAUGAAGAUCCAGAGGGAAAACAAUAUGCUUCUGGAGAAAAUAUCACGCAUCAUGAGGACAACGGGAGAAGUAGACAACAGGAACUAUUAUGACAGAAAAAGCCUUGGCAAAGAGAGGCGGCAGGUAGAGUUGCUUCGUAUCACCAAGGAGAAUCAAAUGAUCCUGUUCCGUCUGAGCCAGAGCAGGCCUCACUAUAAUGUGAAGAGCUGGCAUGAAGACUGGCUCCAAACUCUCAAGGUGAUGGACAGCAUUGCACGUUAUCCACGAGGAAGAGCAAAUCAGCAAAAGGGACAAGAAAAAGCAAGAAAGUUCAGUGACUGUGAUAAAGAAGAAAAGAUCAGCGUUGAUGCAACCACACACGGCCCUGCAAGCAACAAAGUCAAUGGCAAGGCAAAGUCUGAGGAAAAUGAAAAGGGGAAAGAAACCAGCAAGAAAGAAGGCACAGGAGCAGAGAUACAGCAGGAUACAGUGGCAUUCCCUGCCCCUGAACCAAAUCUAUCUGAGAAAUCCAUCUCACCCAAUGGUUCUUCUGACACCAUUCAAAUUACAGCAGAUAGCCCCCUUCAGACUGCUUAA